AUGACAUAUAGUCAUAUACAAGGUUAUAUAAUACGUCCACAAGGAACAUUUUAUCAACAACAACAGCAAUCGUCAAAUAAUCGAUGGUAUUAUUCAAAUAUGAACGAUAAUAUUCGAACAAAAUGGCACUGGACACAUAAUGAUGUACCAUCAUCAAAUUAUUACAGAAAUAUUCCAGAUAAUGGUGAUCAAUUCUCUUCAAUGUUAUGUGGAAGUAGUAAAACAUCGAUGCGGUUUUCUCGCAUUAUGGGUGGACAAGAUGCAGUACCGUAUUCGUAUCCUUGGAUGGUAUCAUUAGCAAAACGAUCAAUCAACAAUCAGCAUUUGUGUGGGGGAGUAAUUAUAAGCAGGCAGCACGUAUUAACAGCUGCCCACUGUAUCGAAGAUUUUUCUAAUGCUGAUGAUUUAAGCGUUUUUAUGGGUAUUCAUUAUGCAGUAGGGAAUCUUAAUCCAUAUCAAGCUAUGGAAUGGGUAAUUCAUCCAAAAUAUGAUCCUGAAACAUUUGCAAAUGAUAUAGCAAUCAUUACAUUGAGAACACAAAUACCUACUAAUGAUGAACGAAUAGGCAUCAUUUGUUUACCACCAGAUGAUACAGGAAAGACCUAUCCACCUAUAAAAACAUCAGCAGUCGCCAUCGGUUGGGGAUCAACAUCAUUUGGUGGAAGACCGUCCGUUGCGUUGAAACAAGUGGCUAUACCGAUUUUAGAUUCAGAUAAGUGGCCAUGUAAUAUCUAUCUAACUUUUCCAGAAGGACAAAUAUGCGCUGGGGAAUUAUCUGGUGGAGCAGACACAUGUCAGGCUGAUUCAGGUAGUGAUGAUUGA